AGAGCGGGGAGGUGGGAUCAGAGGUCCCACCAACCCGCCAUAAGAGGCUUAGACACCUCAGCGUCCAAAUGAAAGUGAAGAGAUUAAUAGUAAGGUACGAUGUAAAUGCCAGAGCUAGAGAAGGAGAGGAGAAGCAGAGAAAAGAGGGUUCGGAGAGGAAGAGAGAGGAGUACUAGGUUGUCCAGACUGGAGAGAAGGAGCCAGAAGUGGUGGCAGUGAGAAUGGAGGACGACCAGGAGAAGCCAGCCUUAACCCCACCUGUGUUCGUCUUCCAGAAAGAUAAAGCUCAGAAGAGGCCAGCAGAGGGGUGCAGUGAAGAGGAUGGAGGAGACUCUACAAGAGAUGACAGGAGUUACUGUCCGCCGGUCAAGAGAGAGAGGACCUUGUCUCUUAACCAGAACUCGUCCUCACACUCAGAGGAGAAGACAGGGGGAUUUCGCCUGAAGCCUCCUACUCUGAUCCACGGCCAGGCACCCAGUGCAGGUGUUCCCAGCCAGAAGCCCAAGGAGGAGCACCAUCGUAGUGUCCUCCGACCAGCCGUCCUACAGGCCCCCACUAGCACCACGCAACCACACACAGGUGCGAACAGCGGGACCAACGGUGUGAACUGCCCCUCGGAAACCCCCGGCGUCUCCCACGGCGACACAGACGACCACGCCUGCAGCGCGGACGACACGCACGCGUCGCGGGAGUGUAAGAGCAGGACUGAGAGCCAGAGAGGGAGAGGAGAGAGGGUGGAGAGGAAGGAGCCCCCUGCGGAGUUUGUGUUUGGGCAGAACGUUAAGGACAGAGCCAAGCUGGACGACUGCAGCGAGUCGUCAGACAGUAAAGACAGUGGUGUGUCAGCGGACCCUCCUCCUGGAGAGACAAACUACUUCCUGCAGUACAUCAGCACUCCCAGCUCCCAGACUGCCGCCCCCGAUGCAGACACUUCGGCCAAGUUUGUGUUUGGGCAGAACAUGUCGGAGCGGGUCCUGAGCCCUCCCGCAGAGGGCAGCGCAGAGCCGCUUGGCCCCGCCCCCAGCCAGCCCCGCCCUUCAGAGCGCAGCACAGAGAAAGAGCCCAGUGCAGCGGUGGAGUCGCUGGAAGCUUCCGCGGCAGCCUACACCAGGGCCACGGCACGCCACUGCCUGCUGGAGAAGGUGGAGGUGAUCACGGGAGAGGAGGCGGAGAGCAACGUGCUGCAGAUCCAGUGUAAGCUGUUUGUGUUUGACAAGCUGUCUCAGUCGUGGGUGGAACGAGGCCGGGGCCUGCUCAGGCUCAACGACAUGGCUUCCACGGACGACGGCUCUCUGCAGUCCAGACUGGUGAUGCGGACCCAGGGCAGCUUGCGCCUCAUCCUGAACACCAAGCUGUGGGCCCAGAUGCAGACAGAGAAGGCCGGAGAGAAGAGCCUCCGUAUCACAGCCAUGGACACGGAGGACCAGGGCCUGAAGGUCUUCCUCAUAGCGGCCAGUUCUAAGGACACAGGCCAGCUGUAUGCCGCACUGCAUCACCGUAUCCUGGCCCUCCGGAACCGCGCCGAACAGGACCCGGAGCCCCGCCCACCCCUGCCCCCCGGCCACGCCCCUCAGUCCAAUGAGGAUGACAGCGACGAGGACCGUGCCCUCAAGCACGCCCCUGCUGCCACGGCGACCGGCGCCGCCCCCAAUGCCACGGAGACGGGCCCUUCCGCCGGUGGUCUGUCUGAGGGAGCUGUGCCCCAGACCACUGGCAGUUCGUAGCGCCAGCCCCCCCCCCCCCCCCCCCCCCCCCCCCUCCCACCAGCUUUUGUGCUACAAUAGCCAGGGACCCUUCAGGCAACUGUGUGGACACCUAGAUCAGGAUCUUGAAGGGGUCCUUACGGGGGUAGCACAGGCGGUCCCAAGACGGCCUGGAUUCACCUCCCUGACCCACGACAGGGCUUCUGUCACAAACACUAAUGCUGCCAUGUUUAAAAGAGCUACAGCCCAGGAUCAGGUGGGGCCUACGUACACACACAAGUACACAUACACACACACUAAAAUGCACAAAAACACGCACACACACACAUUCAAACGCACACAGGUACACAAAAACACAUACGAACACACACAUUCUACUACUGUAGAUGGUUAACUCAUCUAACUCUGCAGAUAUCUCUAAUAUCAGCCAUAUCUCUAGAGAUGUCCUUGACAUCUCAAGAUAUAGCUCACUUGUUUCUAAUGUAUUUGUCAUAUCUCUGGAAAUAUAUCUAAUAUUACUGUAUUGUCCCUAUCUUUAUUUCUUUUCCACUUUCCAGAUAUAUCUUUAGAUACUCACAUUUCUUUUAUCUCUAGUAUCUGAGAUACCUGUUGUCUUGGUUACAUAUCUAAGAUAUUGUAUAAAGGUGUACUGCUUUCAUGUUCUACAACAGGGGUGUCGAACUCCGGUCCUCGAGGGCCGCUGU